GAAAACAAAAAAAAGACGCAAUGAUGACAUUCAAACUACGUUUAAUUCAAACAAAUAUAUGCUUUUUUAUAGAUAAUUGAACCCUUUUCGUCGAAAUAAAUGGAAAAGAAAAGGAAUUUUUUGGCUACUUUGAAGUUUACUUUUCUUUUGUAGACAUAUCUGGCGUGACUAUGAUGUUUAAUCGCUAAGAUUUCUUGUGCUUUUUUGCACGCUCUUUUCGUCCGUCGCGGGGCCGGCCUCCACAUCACUGAGUCUGAAUCUCUAUAAGUGCAUUGAUUGAAUUUUUCUUAUUUUCACGUGAUAAAGAGCUAAAAAUGGAGCUUAAUGAUGUGAUGGAGGCGUUCCGAUUUCCCUGGUUAUUUUUCGUCUGUGUUCCGCUACUUUUGCUGAUGGCGUCACCUGCGCGUGGUUCACACGAAAUCCCGGUAUUUAGACUGCAGCAAUUCGAUCUGUCCGGAUCAUCCUAUGGUAGCCGUGCCUCAGCCCUGAGUCUGGAAGCCACCACACAGUUGAGUUCCACACCUUCUCGCCAAUGUCUCAUAGUCCGGCUCAAGCAACUGACCUUGGAAAUAGCCAAGGAUCUGCUGGGAAAAGGUCCUGGUGGAUUACUCAUAUUGAUGCCAGAAACACUGGAAGAAAUCACGUCUGACCAGAGAACUAUUCUGCACCACGUGGAGCAGUACCUACUGUCCGAGUCGUUCGCAAUGCCCGUCUACUUUGCCGUGGAGACUGAGGAGGUGGUGGAAAUGUACGAGGCGAUCGAGCACAGCACCGCCUCGGCCGCCACCCGCUCUGCCACAGAGGCCCUGCUGGCGGCGAUCCUCUCCACGGGCUACCAGCUGGAGGUGGCCGGCUCAGCCUCCACGCCUCUGUCCGGCGCCCAGCAGCACAACAUCGAGGGCCGCCUGCAAGGUGUGGGUGUGGAGGAGCAGCUGCCGACGGUGAUGCUGGUGGCACACUACGACGCCAUGGCCGCCGCGCCGGAGCUGUCGUUCGGCGCCGACUCCAACGGUUCCGGUGUGGCCAUGCUGCUGGAGCUGUCCCGUCUGCUCAGCAAGCUGUACCGCAGUCGCAGCACGCACCCGCGGCUCAACCUGGUGCUGCUGCUGUCGGCCGCCGGCAAACUCAACUACGCCGGCAGCCGGCACUGGCUGGACGAGAACGGCGACUCGCUGGAGACGGCCGCCUCGCAGGGCGUCCAGUUCGUGCUCUGUCUGGACAGCCUCGCCCAGGGCGACACCGUCAGUCUGCACGUGUCCAAGCCGCCCAAACCGGGCAGCUCCGGACAAAAGUUCUACGAGGCACUGCGAGCAUCUGCCGCCGAAUUUGCCCCGGAACUGAACGUCAGCAUGGUCCACAAGAAGAUCAACCUGGGCGACCGCUCACUGGCCUGGGAGCACGAGCAGUUCAGCAUGCGCCGACUGCCCGCCUUCACUUUGUCUCACUAUGAGGAGGCGGGCCAGCUGGAGCAGCGCACUCUGCUGGACACGCGGCCGGCCGUCGACGACUCGCGGCUCGCGCGCAACACCCGAGUGGUCGGCGAGGCGCUGGCGCGCUUCAUGUUCGAGCUGCCGUUCGCCGCCGAGGGCACCUCGACGUCUGCCGUGCUCACAGAGGAAAUGGCGGUCUCUGAGGAGGCGCUGGCCGGCUGGCUCAGUUUCCUGGCGUCGGUGCCGCGGCCCGCUCAGCUGAUGACGGAGGCCUCCAACCCCGUGGUGACCAGUCUGAAGGCCGCCCUGCAGAGGGACGUCCACGACGUGCGCGUGUCCUCGUUCUCCGCCGACCGGCGCGAGCCGGACUGGGUGCUGUUCGGAGCCACGCGCGCCACGCUGGCUGCCCACCGCGUGAAGCCAGCCGUGUUUGACCUGGCCGCCACAGCCGCCAUUGUCGCCUACCUGGCGGUGGUGUACCUGGCCGUCACCAACUUCCAUCAGCUCUACGCACUGGCGCAGCGCAUCUCACCCGUCUUCAAGGUGCGCGUCGAGUGAGAGAGGGAGAGAGGAGGAGGAGAGAGAGAGAGAUGGAGGAGUGGCCGGACUUGCCCCGAAGUGUGCUCAGGGUCUGCCCACGCCCGUGUAUCGAGUAUCGUCCGAGAUUUUGUUUGAAUGUUUGUUUCUGCCAAUGCCGUGGCGUCAAAACGUUACGUAUCAAUUUUAUUUGCUGUGAUUUGAGAGAGCAGUCAUUUCGAACGGUGUGUUUUGUUGAUUUCAUGAUUGAAUGAUAAGCAAUAUUUCGCUUCGAACCAGAGAAGGAAGCCGGGAGGUUGUUCAAUGGCGCUGGGGUAUUUUGAUUAUCCUGUUUCGGAAGCGCCCGCAGUCUACAUACAGUCGUCACUAUCGAUUACGUGUAAUGUGUUUGAACCCGGCUCCAAUCCCGCUCGUAAUCCGUAGAUUCAUACCAUGUGCAGGGUACCUACCAGCCGACGAUAUUUCGAGCGUUGUUUCGCCGCUUUCGCCCGACAAUUAGCCCCGACGUCACUAAUGUGACGUGGCCCGUCCCCGAGUAUGUUCUGUUGUUAUGGGGCAUCACCGUGCACCGCGGACCGUCCCGGGAGUUGCCAUGACGUGUCAGUCAUGUCAGCCGUGUCAGCCCCGAUGUCACUAGCGCGUGACACGCCAUCAUUCGUCUACCAUCGCAUAUACUCGGAGUGUGGCGUGGCGUGCCUGGGGUGUAGCGCGGAUGUAUAGCGAGCCAGGGGUGUGGUGGUGUGUAGCGUAUCUGGGGGUGCGGUAACACGACGUAACGUACCUGGGGAGACGGGCCUGUACCGCGCCGUCGCGUCCUGUAGCGUGCCUGUGUGCGUGUGUGGGUCGGCGCGAUGCGAGUGUGUGCCUUGUCGGUCCCGGCCAGCCCAACUGUAUAACCGUACUCGUGGGUUGUACGGGAACGGCCGGCCGUCAGCUCCGAACAUUUGGAACGAGGGCAUUGACAAUCGAGCCGUCGGCGACAGUGCCCUUUUAUAAACCCGCUGCAAUAUAUCUCGGCUAUACGAAAC